CCCGUCCGCUGCACCCACAAUUCCCCGCUCCGGGACAAGAUGGAAGACAGCAGCAGCCGCCGGAGAACAAUGUUUUGGCAAUAAAACCCCGUCGGAGGCGAGCACGGAGAGAAUCUAGGCACGGUCGAAAGCCAGCUGCGGUCAUGCGUGGAAUGGUCUCCUCCUGCCUUCCUCAUUAGCUUAAUUACCCUCCUUCUCCCCCCUGGCACAAAGUAAAGCAUCACCAUGAGUAUUAUUCAAGACAAGUUGGGCAAUGAGUUUUUGCGCAAUGGAGGCAUGGACCCCAAUUUCGCACCAGGUAUGUUUAUGUUCAGCCACUUGCCACCGGUCACCAGCUUUACGCGGCUGGCAUCCCAGUCCGUCAUCGGCGAGCUUCCCCAAGAGAUGAUCCUGAAAAAAGAGCGGGACUCGCCCCCGGAUCACCAGGGCUCGGCGGCAGGCAACACGGGGGGCUUCCUCCACAGCAUGGGCAUUAAACAGGAGCGGCUGAGCGAGCUGGAUUACCGGAUGCCCCUCUACAGCGGGGGCGGAGGAGUAGGGGUCAACUGUCCUGGAGGGGGCACGGGGAAGAGCGGUACUGACGUGCCUGAUAUGUCGUUCGUCAACCAGCACCAAAAUCACCAGAACAUGCUCCUGCAUGACCUUAGCCUCAGCAAUGUUCGUACUUUGGGAGAACAGAUGCCUGGAAGACCAGGUAAAGAGCCAAAAGAGUCCUCAGGUAGAAGAGGCCGAAGGAGCAAUGGGGAUGGGCAAGGAGGCAAAGCCCGGAGGAAACGCAAUGAUCCUUCAAAGGCUAUGAUGUUGGAUGGGGACGGAGCCUGCCUAUCCCCGAACUCAAAACCACAUAUCUGUGAGCACUGCAACGCUGCUUUCCGCAGCUCCUACCACUUACGUAGACAUGUGCUCAUACACACAGGUGAGAGGCCUUUCCGUUGUAGUCAAUGUAACAUGAGCUUCAUUCAGAAAUACCUGCUUCAGCGGCAUGAGAAGAUCCACAGUGGGGAAAAACCUUUCAGCUGUGACCAGUGUAACAUGCGCUUUAUCCAGAAGUACCACAUGGAACGACACAAAAGGACACACAGCGGCGAGAAGCCUUACCGCUGCGACACAUGCCAACAGUUUUUCUCAAGAACAGACCGGUUACUGAAGCACAAACGGACUUGUGGAGAAGCCAUAAAAAAGGUUCUAGAUCCAAGCAUGCUGGAGCUCAGUGAAGCGGAGCUAGGCCAAGGCAGCUAUUCACUCUCUCAGGGAAACCCAACCACCUCCGGACGCAAGAGGGCAAAGUCCAAAAACGGCGAAGGUGGCGAACGCAAGAGGAAAAAGAACGCCUCGGCAGCAGCAGCAGCUUCCACUGGGGGGAUGGCCCGUGACCUGGGCCUGCAGGACUUCGCUAUGGAGCACCCCUCCGGCUCUGACCCCACCAUGCAGGGCCGUGCCCCCAAGUUGGUCUUUAAGAAAACUGGACGCAAAGGGCUGGACAAGGGCCUCCUGUCUCUGGAAGGCGGCGCCGACGGACAGAAGCUGUUAGGCCAGAAAGCCGACGCCAUGGGCCACGUGGAGGGCUCUGCCCUCGAUAACAUGGGUCUCCUCCAGGGACCCGGGGGCAACAAGCCCGGCCCCACCACCAGCAGCAACUACGACGACGCCAUGCAGUUCGUCAAAAAGCGGCGCUACCUCCACGCGGUCAACAACGACUACGGAGCCGGCUCUCUUCACAUGGCGCCCCAGGGUAACAACGUGAUCCAGGGUUCCCUGGGGCCGGAGCCCACCCUGGCCAUGCUGGACUCCUCGCCGCUGGAGCUCAAACACGACAAGUCGGGCAUCCCAGACGAGGUGCUGCAAAGCCUGCUCGAUCAUUACAGCCACAAGCCAGACGGAAGCCACCACGACGUGACGUUCGACCUGCCGGACCACCCGCACCACGUCGACCUCCAGCCGGCGGCCCCCGUCACCCCCGAGUUGGAGGACGAUUCCCCCAACGGCGGCGACAAAACGGCCGUGAUGAGCGAGUACUCGAAGUUCCUGCUCCAGGCCCUGGAGCGCACCAGCCACAGCGGACCCUUCCCCAGCCUCGGCCCCACGGGUCCCUUCCCUCUCCUGUCCAGCAGCUCCAGCCCCACGGGCCCCCUGUUCUCCGACAAACACGCGUACAGCACCUCCUCUCUGGAUUGCGGCUACCCGCCUGCCGUCUCCUCGCCUCUGCCCAUCGCCCCACCAUCGUCGGCCUCCUCUUCGUCCUCCUCCAAGUCCCAUUACGGCAUGCUCGUCGGAUCCCCCUCUCAGGCGGGCUACCACCUCAGCCUGGAGUCCACCGGCCACCAGCAGCUGACCCCGUCUCAGGAGCUGACCGAGCAGCUGGAGAAGCAGCACUCCCCGGGCACCUUCACCCUGCCGCCGCAGGAGCUCACCGCCCCCGCCGAGGGCUCCAAGGGGCCGCAGUCCAAGGCCGGCGGCGGCGGCGCGGCAGCCUCCAACGGCUCGUCCUACCCGGACCUGUCCCCGCUUAACCCCCCGAAAGAACCCACGUACCAGAUCGAGAACUUCGCCCAGGCCUUCGGCUCCCAGUUCAAGUCUGGCCGGCGGACCCCUCUGAGUUACGGCAGCGACCCGGGGGCCGAGGUGGAGCACAGAAUACGGACUCCGGUGUCAGAAUUCUCAGGGUAUACCAGCUUGUUAGCUGACGUCAGUGAGCCGGUGAGUACAGGAUCCAAAACCCCGACAAGCCAAAGUUUCAGAUAAGGGUCAGACGAGGUGAGGCCUGUAAGGGGGGGCCCAUUUUUUAUUUUUUAUUUUUUUUUGUCGCUGUCCAUCCGGGCCCCCCAUCACCCCAACGCUCGCUCCAAUUUCUGUAGCAAAGCUUAGUUUUUACGAACACUGCCAUUAAAUGUUAAUACAAAAUGACCAGGGAGGGUCUUCUAUGGCCUCAAAAUGCAAUUUUUUAAGAUAUUCUCAUUUUUACCAUGUAGUCGCCUAUGGUUUUGUUUUAAGAGUAGUGAUUUUUUGAUAUGAACGUACCGUAGAAUUACAUGUAAUUUAAAAAAAAUUUAGAGGGUAGCUAUAAACUUGCUUGUUUUGUUUUUUUUGUUUGUUUUGUUUUUGUUUUUUCCUCCUUUUUCUGAACUCUUUGUGAUUUUAUCAAUCAUCAUACCAUUGUAAAGUAAUGAAUAAUGUUGAUGAUUUCAAUAAUAAUAACAAUGUGUCAGGGAAAGGCCCAGAAUUCAAAUGGCAAAAAAAAAAAAAAAGUAUAUAUUGUCUGUUACAAGAAACAUAUAAACUCAGGAAAAUAGGCAAAAUUGUGUAAUAAGACUUUGUAUUGUGAGAUGCAAUUAGCACAGUUUUUACAGGCGUAUUUUGAGACUACAAAGCUUUUUUCUUGUCUUAUUUCUAUUUUUUUUUUUUUUUUUUAUUGUAAGAACAAAAUUUACACCACGCGGUAAUGUUGGGUCCGUACGGCGCGUAGCUCUGUCGAGAUUUCCGGUACUGUUGUCUCAGCGUGAAGACGUCCAGGUUUCCUCCGAGAGCCCCGCCCUCAUGGCUUCCUAUCAGCUGUAGCAGAGCCGGGCGCCGGGCGUCCCGCGGCACGCCGCCCAGCUUCGUAGCGCCGGGCGGCUGGUUUCCAUCCAGGAGUAACUGCGGGACGCAUCGAGCGUCAGACGGUGAUAUUUUCUUAUUUUUUAAAAUGCUGUUUGUUUUUUAAUAAGUCACCACUUUUCUACUCCACUCCUUUUGCUGUUCCUUUUUUUUUUUCUUAUGUCAAUGGAAUCAAACAAGCACUUUUUUAAACAAAUCAUUGGAAACAACAAUAACCCGUUCAAUUUGCAUAUGUGAUACGUGAUUAUUAUGCUAAUGGUUAUUGCUAUAUUUUAAGAGGAGAAAACUGUGAAUGGGGGGGAGGGAGGGAAGGGGGGGGUCGGCCGAGCUGUUUCAUAGCAGCGGCCGUUGGGCAUUUAAGGGUAUUUUGAUGCUUUUAUUUUGAAGGGUAGAACAUGAGGGACAAGAAAGGUGGGACGUUUUAUUUUUAUUUCGUUUUAUAAUAUUUUUUUUUUUUGCGGUUUUUCGGGUGAUGUUGUAAAAAGAUGAUUCGCCAUAAUUUUGUUAUACAAUAUUUUGAGAGUACCUCUUUGUAUUUAAGUGUUUUUUUUGUUUUUUCUUUUCUUUUUGGAGAGUUGGGCUGACAUGCUGGAUCCCUUAUUAUGGGUGUGUUGGUUGCACACCCGUCUAUUUAUUUACCAAUAGCAUCACUCAAACUUUACCGUGUAGCAGAUCCUUUCAGGCAAAUGGUCCCGGACCUACACCCAGAUCCCCCCCCCCCCCUGUCGUUUUGGUUUCUAUGAAUUGCAAGAAAGCGGCUCCAGUAACGCAGUCCAGAGUCCAGUCCGCCUCCCCGACCCGAAAUGCAGCCCUGCACUCACGAGAAUAAACAAUGGCCUUCUUUGUCUUCCUCGGCUAAAGCCAAUCUGUCCGGCAGCCAGGGUUGAUAUUUAAUUUAGUUGGUUUCCUGUGACGCCCCCCCCCCCCUUCCUUUCCCCCCCCCCCGUGUCUGCGAGCGCCACAGCUCCACCAGAGACUUCGAAGCUGCUCAGAUCACACGGAACAAAGACUGACCGACCAGCAACUUCACUCCAAAACACACUAUGCUUUUAAAGAAGAGACAAAAGAAACGAGUAGAUGAGAUGGAGGGGAGGAGAGGGGGAAAAAAAAAAGACAAAAAGAUUGACCUAAAUAUACCUCAUAUCAUUAAAGCGUUAAAAAGAAAAAGAGCAGGGACACGCGUUGUAUGUAUGUAGUGGACAUAUUUGUAGUAUAGGUUCGACAUAUUGUAUAAUCAUUUUAACACUGCCUGUGUUUACAAUUUUUAGAGCAAACGACUCAUCAAAAUGCAAAUGUAUUAUUUUUGUUUUCUGUAAUUAAAAAAAGAAAAAGAAAAAAAAAAAAAAAGUCAUCCACGCCAAGCAGUGUUGAAUUAUAGAUGCCUCAUAGAACAUUCUUCUCAUUAUAUCCCUUAUUUUUGUUACUUGCCAUAAUGUGUUUUGAUAUGAUCUCUAGAAGGAUAUUGUUUACAAAAAUGUACAAAAACACUAAAAAUCUGUUUUGUUUUUUCCAGUAUGCAUGAAAAACUUUUUUUUUUUUUUUUGUACGGCUUUUUUUUUUUUUUUUCCUGUCACCUCAAUACCAAAUUUUUGUAGCAGAUGUCCCCCUCAGUUCCUUUGUCUUAUUCAUUCUAGACCCCCUGUGUUAUGAUUUCCCAGGCUAUACCUGUUAUUGAGAUGAUGAACGGAUUAGAGAAGCCAAUAAAAAGUUUUUGUUACUAA